GAGUGGAAGGGAGUACCGGGAAUGUCAGUGGAUGUGGUGCGAGUGGAGGCGGCGACACACCUGGGGGAAUUAACAAGAACAAGCAACCGUGUUGUUGUUGUUGUUGUUGUUGCAGUUUUUAAUGGCGUUUUUUCCCCCUGCAUUAAGUUUUCCAGAAUAAGAACCGAACAUGUACACGUCGGAGCGCAGGCGCAUGAGCCUGCACGAACUGAAGAGGAAAGAUCCAGUGUGGGUGUCUGCUGGAAGUUUGUGGCAGGACUCUUUGGCGAUAGAGCUGAGCGCAGCCAACUGUUCGGGAAAACAGGUCAUGUCCCCACGGAGUCGGACCAGAGCGGUAUCCGUGGCAUACAUUGCCAACGAGGACGCGUCCGUGCCGCAGACUGAGGAGAACUUAUCACUGAAAUGUCUGAAGGAAGCGUGCGCGGACGCACACGCCGUUUUCAAAACGAUCCCGUUUGAGAGAAUAUCACUUGGCACCACAGACAUCCUGGAUAGUUUCUACAAUGCAGAUGUAGCUGUGGUUGAGAUGAGCGACACUUUCUGCCAGCCUUCCCUUUUCUAUCACCUCGGAGUGAGAGAAAGUUUCAGCAUGACCAAUAACAUAAUCCUGUACUGUUACAAGCAAGAUAGUGAUCUACAGGCUAUAAAGGAGCAGUGUGGAAGUUACACAUUCAUCCCAUACGUGGUGUCACCUCAGGGCAAAGUGUUUGCCUGUGAUGCAUCAAUGAUGACUGGUAUCAAAGAGCUGAUGCAGCCCAGUUUCCAACUGGAGCCCCUGCUGACCCUGCUGGUAGAGAGGCUGGUGCAUCUGCUGAACAAUGUACACAUUCAGUCCAGCGAGUACUUCCGGGAGUCGAUCAGGCAUGAGAUUCGCAUGGCACGGGAGCGGUUCAGCGGCCAAGACCUGAGUAACGAGUUAAGCCGCAUCCAGAAACGCCUGGACAGCGUAGAGCUGCUCACGCCUGAUAUAGUCAUGAACCUGCUGUUGUCCUACAGGGACAUUCAGGACUACGAUUCCAUAAUUAAACUGGUGGAGACUCUGAACAACCUGCCCAUGUGUAUGGUAGCAAGACAUCAGAAUAUCAAGUUCCAUUAUAUAUUUGCUCUAAACAGGAGAAAUCGUCCUGGAGAUCGCGCUAAGGCUCUGGAGUUAAUUCUACCGAUUGUGGAGUCUGGGGGCAAGGUGGCAUCGGACGUCUACUGCCUGUGUGGACGGGUCUACAAAGACAUGUUCAUGUGCUCUGGGUUCAAAGAUCAGGGCAGCAGAGACCAGGCCUGCUAUUGGUAUGGAAAAGCGUUUGAGACAGAGCCAACUCUGCAUUCAGGCAUCAACACUGUGGUCCUCCUGAUGGCAGCCGGCCAUGAAUUUGAAACCUCCAUUGAGCUGCGUAAAAUUGGUGUGACUUUAAGCACUCUUCUGGGUAGAAAGGGCAGUUUGGAGAAGAUGAAGGAGUACUGGGAUGUAGGCUUCUACCUCGGAGCAAACAUCCUCGCGAACGAACACAGGAAAGUCAUCGAAGCCUCUGAGAAACUCUACAGGCUCAAGGCCCCAAUCUGGUAUGUGGCAUCCAUCAUGGAGACGUUCAUCCUGUACCGCCAAGUUGUCAAGGUGCCUGAGGUGAAAUCUCCUAAACAGGACACUGUGGACUUCUGGAUGGAGCUGCUUCUGCAGGCCUGUAAACCCACUGUCUCUACAGACCGCUGCCCAGUGCUCAUUCUGGAGCCCAGUAAAGUUCUCCAACCAGCUAUUGUGUGUGUGAGCGAGGAGGACGAAAGUCGCACUGUCCAGUUGAAACACGUAACCACCUUAAAGAAAGGCUUACACCAGUGGACUUUCCCAGCCUCUGCAAUUCGGGGAGUGAGUGCUUCAAAGAUCGAUGAACGGAGCUGCUUCCUGUAUGUCCACUACAACUCAGAUGACUUCCAGCUCUGCUUCCCCUCUGAGCUUCACUGUAAUGGUUUCUGCGAGCUGGUGAACUCCCUGCUCCAGCAAGCUGAAGACCCUGCUCAGGACCUGAACCAUCUAACUGCAGGAAUACUAGAGUACAUCUAUGAGACCAACGAGAAUGGAGACAAGGUGGUUUUAGGUAAAGGGACGUACGGUGUGGUGUACGCCGGGAGGGACCUGAGCAAUCAAGUGCGCAUCGCCAUCAAGGAAAUCCCCGAGAAGGACAGCACGUACUCCCAGCCCCUCCAUGAGGAGAUAGCGCUGCACAAGAGGCUAAAACACAGAAAUAUUGUCCAAUACCUGGGCUCUGUCAGUCAGGAUGGUUUCAUCAAGAUCUUCAUGGAAGAGGUACCCGGAGGAAGUUUGUCAUCUCUCCUGCGCUCCAAAUGGGGCCCUUUGAAAGACAACGAAGCCACCAUCAUCUUCUACACCAAACAGAUCCUCGAGGGGCUCAAAUACCUUCAUGACAAUCAAAUAGUCCACAGAGACAUUAAGGGGGACAAUGUAUUGAUCAACACCUACAGUGGAGUACUGAAGAUCUCUGACUUUGGAACCUCCAAACGAUUAGCAGGGAUUAACCCCUGUACCGAGACGUUUGCUGGAACUCUGCAGUACAUGGCCCCAGAGAUUAUAGACCAGGGGCCUCGGGGUUAUGGGAAGCCGGCUGAUAUCUGGUCCCUCGGGUGCACAAUUAUAGAAAUGGCAACAGGCAAAACACCCUUCCAUGAGCUGGGAAGUCCUCAAGCAGCCAUGUUCAAGGUUGGCAUGUUUAAGAUCCACCCCAAGGUUCCAGAGUGCAUGUCAGACGAGGCAAAGGGCUUCAUCAUGAACUGCUUCACACCGAACCCAGACGACAGAGCCACAGCUUCAGAGCUGCUGAUGGACACGUUCCUCAGGUCGUCCCCCAGGAAGAGGGCCAAGGCCCCGCAGGAGCCUGAACCUAAAGACUACAGUUCUGCCGGUGAUUACCAACGCAGCUUGUCUGUACCCAUCUCCAUCCUUGUGGAGGACACCGAUUCAUACUCGGGUUCAAUCGAUCUGUCCUGUUCUCUGGACCUCAGGAGGCCCUAUUCUGCCCUCAGAGCAGAUGAAAUUUCAGAGAGCCCACCAAAUAUCAGCUUCCUGCACAUACCAGAGGACUCGCCAUCAGAAAUGUGCAGUCCAGCCUCAACAGAGGAGAGCAUUGGUCUUUUCAUGCUGAGAAAGGACAGUGAAAGGAGAGCCACACUGCACAGAGUCCUCACUGACUACAUCAGCCUUGUCGUCUUUAACAUACAGGAAUCCGUGCCACAGGGUUCAUCAAUAACUUCGGACCACAUCACUGAGCUCAUUAGCUGCUUGCGAGACAACAUCCGCUCCCCGGACAGAAAGCAGCUGACGAGUAGUCUGCUGGACUUAAAAACCACAUUGCUCACUGCCUCAGUGUCACUGAACAGCCUGCAGGUGGUGCUCUUCAGCUUCCAAGAUGCCGUGAAGAAGGUGUUGAGGCAACAGCAAGUGAAACCUCACUGGAUGUUUGCUCUGGACAAUCUGCUAAGACAGGCAGUACAGGACGCCAUCACUGUGCUCUUACCAGAGCUGAAACUGCAGCUGCAGUCCUCAUUUGAGGUGGAGGACAGCACUCCUGAGGAGCAGUGUGCUGACCCAGACACUCCUGUACUUCUUGUCCCUGGCCAGCUGGGGGUGCCAGAAGAUACACAGCAGACGACACCCACAAACGAGAUGAUGCUCACAACUAGCCCGACCUACCCCACAGAACUCAACACCAACUGUCCUCUCAGUGAGAAACUGAGAGACCUGCGACUAGAGACCAGAGGACUGCUGAGUCAGCUGAAUGAGAAGGAAAGAGAGUACCAGGAGCUACUGAGGAACUCUGUCCAGAGGAAACAGAAACAGAUAGAUGCAUUGAAGAGUGCAGCAGUCACUGAAGACGGACUGGCUUCACAGAAAAGCUCUAAUCCAGAAGUGAAGGCUUUAGUGCACUGGCUCAAGUCUGUCCCUGUAGAUCAAGACACUAUCGAUAAGUUGCUCUCUCAUGAGUUCACCUUGGACUGUCUCCUCUACAUGGCCUCCAGGGAUGACUUAAUGUACUGUGGAAUAAGAGGUGGCAUGCUGUGUCGAAUCUGGGCAGCCAUCAAUGCUCGCAGGAAGACCCAGCUCAGCACACACAAUGAGGACAGCGAGGACACUCUUCUUUAAUGCCUGCUGAUGUUGUACACUAAAGGAUAGAUUUAUUGACAGGCUGGUCCUGUGUCAUCUGGUGGAAGAGAGGCAGCGAUGGACUGACCGAUGCAAAGCAGGAUAGAUUUGGCUUACAUGUUGAACUGUGAAUGUAUUUUUUUUUUCUAAACGAUACUGACUGCUUCUUCCAGUUUUUGUGCAUAAAAGGUACAAUGUAAAAAAAAAGUCUUCACUUAGUAAUUAGAUCUUGCCAGCAUUUUACAUUUCCUCAGGGCUAGUGGGACUAUAAGUAUGCCUUCAUAAGAAACUGCCUAGUGGAGUAUUGGUUUGUCUGUGAACGAAACACGUUCAGUGCUAUUUUAAUGCUGCCUUCUGAUGAUGCUGUUUUACUGUGAUCUACAGAAAGCUUAGCAGGACCUAAGUUAUUGAGGAGAUGGUGUAUUUAAGACGAAUGUUUCUGCAUUCUGGGGAGGGGACAUGGAUUAUUUGUAUUUGUACUGUACAUCCUGUUAACACCGACAAUAAACAGGAAUCUUAAAUCUC